UAUUGAAAAAAUGGCGGCCGAGGCACCGAUGCUAAAUAAGAACCGAAUGAUGGUGUUUAAGAACAAAGGCAAGGAUCAAGAGGAAAUGAGAAGAAGACGCAAUGAAGUGACUGUAGAAUUACGUAAAAAUAAACGCGAAGAGACUUUACAGAAACGAAGAAAUGUGCCUAUCACAGAUUCAACAGAUGAGGAUGACAUUGACAAACAUCUUUCAAAAAUCAGUCUGGAUGAUUUGGUAGCAAAAGCUGCUAGCGCAGAUCCAGCAGAACAAUUACAAGCUGUACAGUCAGCAAGAAAAUUGUUGUCGUCAGAUCGUAAUCCACCUAUUGAUCCUCUGAUAGAGAGUGGUAUUUUACCAAUCUUAGUUCGUUGUCUGGAACAGCACAACAGUCCAUCUUUACAAUUUGAAGCAGCCUGGGCUUUAACAAAUAUUGCAAGUGGAACAUCAGCUCAAACACAAGCUGUAGUAACAGCUGGUGCUGUCCCAUUGUUCUUACAUUUGUUGCUUUCAAGUCAACAGAACGUUUGUGAACAAGCAGUAUGGGCUCUAGGUAACAUUAUAGGAGAUGGACCAGUACCAAGAGAUUACGUCAUUAAUCUUGGUGUUGUGCAGCCAUUGCUAACGUUUAUUAAACCAGACAUACCUAUUACGUUUUUACGUAAUGUGACUUGGGUUAUCGUAAAUUUGUGUAGGAAUAAAGAUCCACCACCACCCGUUCAAACCAUAAAGGAUAUUUUGCCUGCCCUGAAUGUGCUUAUCCAUCAUCAGGACAUUAAUAUUCUUGUUGAUACAGUAUGGGCAUUGAGCUAUCUGACCGACGGUGGUAAUGAGCAAAUUCAAAUGGUCAUAGACAGCGGUGUCGUACCUCGUUUGAUACCGCUUCUGUCGCACAAAGAAGUCAAAGUGCAAACUGCUGCGCUCAGAGCGGUUGGUAAUAUUGUGACUGGCACAGAUGAGCAAACGCAAACCGUUUUAAAUUGUGAUGCCCUCUCGCAUUUCCCCAAUUUGUUGACUCAUCCCAAGGAGAAAAUUUGCAAAGAAGCAGUAUGGUUCCUAUCAAACAUCACUGCUGGCAACCAGUCGCAAGUUCAAGCUGUCAUAGAUGCUGGACUUUUACCACUUAUUAUUCGUAAUUUAGCAAAGGGUGAAUUCCAAACGCAGAAAGAAGCCGCAUGGGCAAUUAGCAAUCUUACAGUAAGUGGUAACAGAGAUCAAGUUGCACGGCUUAUACAAGAGGGAGUCAUUGGCCCGUUCUGCGACCUCUUGUCGUGUAAAGAUACUCAGGUUGUGCAAGUGGUGUUGGACGGAAUACAUAACAUGCUUAAACUUGCGGGUCAACAAGUGGAACAACUGGCAAAUAUGAUCGAAGAAUGCGCCGGCUUGGACAAGAUUGAGGCGCUGCAGAAUCAUGAAAAUGUAGAUAUCUACAAGCUAGCUUACGACAUCAUCGAGCAAUACUUUUCGGAAGAGGCGGAUGAUACAAACUUAGCGCCACAGGUCGGAGAAGGAUCUUUCGAGUUUGAUCAGACGACGAGUAUUCCGAGCGAAGGUUUUAAAUUCUGAGAGGGCCUCCAUUACUUCUUAUCCGAUCGUGCCGUCCCCCGACGAACUCCAAUGUGGAGCCAUCCUGCUUUCCCUUUUCUAUUUCUACAUCCAUUUUUUGCUCCAGUGAAGGCAUAGCAAUAUGAACUUGUCGGUCCUGCAAAUUACUAUUAUAAUAAUUAACGAUAAUAAUUAUUACAAUAAUAAUAUGAAGGACCGUUAUUAUUGCUUUUGCUGAUCUAAAACGUACAGCGUGACUUAUCUCAAUUUUUUCAUAUUUGGAAUAUAGGAAUGGAGUUGAAAAAAAAAAGUCGGUUACGAAGCAAAGAACCGCGUGCAUCUGUGUACUUUGAUUUCUUUUUUCUUUUCCGACUUUCCUCAUGUAAUAUGUACGUUACCCAUUUUUUUUAUUAUACAUGAUAAAUGUAUUAGUGGAGUCUUUAGUCGAACGCAGCUGCAGAAAAUAACGUGCGGAUAAAUUAUUCUAGUAAAAUUAAUUAGCUGCCUGCACAUUGGGAAAACGCGAAACGAAACAGAAGGAUCUUUCUAAUUGCUUCAUCAUGUUGCUCUUCACUCUAACUCAGGACGAGUCUUGGUUAGCGAUAUUACUUUUAUAAAAUAAUUCGUGUAUAUUUUAGGCAUGUUAAAUUUAUAAUGAUAUUGAUUACUAAAUAAAAGAAUCAAUUGACUACUCUUUGCUAGCAUAAUUAAUAAUUGUGGACAUUUCUGUAAGGAGCCAGACAACCAAUAAAAUACCAACGGAAACUCGGCAAGACUUUAAC